GUGUUUAACCAAUGCACCAAUUUGAUGUUGUAACUUCGUUUCCUGAAUCGGCCGAGGGUCACACAUGAACAAAUAUUCAUUCAUUUCACCUAAACCACAUAGCUACAUAUCAGCCAACAAUUACGUUAAGAAAAUGUUCCGAACAUUGUUCCGGACUGGCGGUGCCCUUUUAAUGCAUUCCCAGAGAACAGUGCCCACAGUCCCAGCAUUGUGGGUGACACAAGCCCAGCAGCGAUGGGCGUCCAGUCUGCCCAUGAACACUGUGGUUCUGUUUGUGCCACAACAAGAAUCUUGGGUUGUGGAAAGGAUGGGCCGCUUCCACCGCAUCUUAGAGCCGGGCUUGAAUUUCCUAAUACCAAUACUGGACAAAAUCCGUUAUGUGCAAAGUCUUAAAGAGAUAGUUAUUGAUGUCCCAGAGCAGUCUGCGGUCUCUUUAGAUAAUGUGACACUACAGAUAGAUGGAGUCCUCUAUCUUAGGAUAUUGGAUCCUUUUAAGGCCAGCUAUGGAGUUGAGGACCCAGAGUAUGCUGUCACCCAACUUGCCCAGACCACCAUGCGGUCAGAGCUGGGAAAACUGACCCUGGACAAAGUAUUCAGGGAAAGAGAGACCCUUAAUACCAACAUAGUCCACUCCAUCAACCAGGCGUCAGAUGAUUGGGGAAUCCGUUGCCUUCGUUAUGAAAUCAAGGAUAUACAUGUUCCACCACGUGUCAAAGAGUCCAUGCAGAUGCAGGUGGAGGCAGAGCGCAAGAAGAGAGCCACUGUGCUGGAGUCUGAAGGUCACAAGGAAGCAGCCAUCAACGUUGCUGAGGGUCGCAAGCAAGCUCAGAUCCUGGCCUCGGAAGGACAGAAAACAGAACAGAUCAACAAAGCAGCUGGUGAGGCCAAUGCUGUCUUAGCCAAAGCAGACGCCAAAGCUAAGGCUAUCCGGCUGUUGUCAGACGCUCUAGCUGAACAGAAUGGAAACGCUGCAGCUUCCCUCAGCGUGGCUGAGCAAUACGUCUCCGCUUUCUCCAACCUGGCCAAAGAGUCCAACACCAUCCUGCUGCCCUCCAACUCUGGUGACAUCAGUGGCAUGGUCACACAGGCUAUGACUAUUUAUGGCAGCCUGGCUAAGCAGAGCUCAAAAAAGUUAGAAAGUGUGUCCCCAGAGUGGGCGAUGGAGAAGAGUGAGGAGCUUGUACCACCAGCCCAGUAGUGAAGGAUGUCAAGACUACUCAAAGCAGUCACCGAACCCGAAGCAGUGACAGACAACCAUGAGGCGCCAAGGCAUUGUUGCCUGGUCAGCACCACCACUGUCUGGCCCAAAGGACACACUAUCUGUUGCAGAUUGAAGGACAUUGAAACAGGAACAGGAUAAGAACAUAAAGACUUGUUUAGAGGCCUGGAAACAUCAACCCAUUUUGGAGGAUUCAUGUCACUUACACAUUGUUUAAUUUUGAUUGAGUGUUAUUGCACACAUUACAUACAUAUGUUCCAAUUACAAAUCCACAAGCUGUCAUAUUGGUACUCUUCUCUUGCAUCAAAUACCAAAUGACUGCGAUGAUCGAAAACUAGUAACCUGAUUUAGAGCGUUCUGUUUAAGUGCUGUAUUGUUGUCUUUUAUAUUUCCAACUGUUUGUCCUUCAUAUGUUUUCAUUUCAAUAUGUCAUGAAUGUUUUCCUUCAUGUGAGAGCUUGUGACCUUACAUUAAGAGCCUCUAAGGGUCAGAGCAAGCAGAGGAGGGAAAAAGGUCAGGUAUAUGAAUAGAAGUUAGGAUGCAAUUUUUCC